CAUGAGGCUCAUCUUGAGGAUCAAUACACCGAAUUAACAGGACUGUCCUUUGGGAGAGGAGGGAAAACGCCGAGACACCGCGAGUAUACGAAACAUAAGUUAGCUUUAUAUUAACGCCGUAACAUUUUAACUUAACAGCAGCCGUUAAAGACAAUGAACGGACAGAUUAAUGGGUUUCAUAACUCCCUCAUUGACGAGGACUGCUUCUUGUUCACCUCGGAGUCGGUCGGGGAAGGACAUCCCGACAAGAUCUGUGAUCAGAUCAGUGAUGCAGUUCUAGAUGCCCAUCUCAAGCAGGAUCCUGAUGCCAAAGUUGCAUGUGAGACUGUUGCCAAGACUGGGAUGAUCCUGUUGGCUGGUGAGGUGACAUCACGUGCUACAGUGGACUACCAGAAAGUUGUUCGUGACACAAUCCGCCAAAUUGGAUAUGAUGACUCCUCCAAAGGCUUUGACUAUAAGACCUGUAAUGUUCUUGUGGCCUUGGAGCAGCAGUCUCCUGACAUUGCUCAGGGUGUUCAUAUUGAUCGCAAUGAGGAGGACAUUGGCGCAGGGGACCAGGGAUUGAUGUUUGGCUAUGCUACUGAUGAGACUGAGGAGAGCAUGCCUCUCACAAUUGUUCUUGCCCACAAACUGAACGCUAAGAUGGCUGAGUUGCGUCGCAAUGGCACCCUUCCAUGGCUCCGGCCAGACUCCAAGACACAGGUCACUGUCCAGUACCGACAGGACCGUGGCGCCAUGCUUCCAGUGCGUGUGCACACAAUUGUUGUCUCUGUUCAGCAUGAUGAGGAUAUUUGCCUGGAGGAGAUGAGGGACACCCUUAAGGAGAAGGUUGUCAAGGCUGUUGUUCCAUGCAUCUAUUUGGAUGAUGACACCAUCUACCAUCUGCAACCCAGCGGGCGAUUUGUUAUUGGAGGCCCACAGGGUGAUGCUGGACUGACAGGGCGCAAAAUCAUUGUUGACACUUAUGGUGGCUGGGGAGCCCACGGUGGUGGUGCUUUCUCUGGAAAGGACUACACGAAGGUGGACCGCUCUGCUGCUUAUGCUGCCCGCUGGGUGGCCAAGUCUCUGGUGAAGGCUGAGCUCUGCAGGAGGGUGUUGGUCCAGGUUUCCUAUGCCAUUGGAGUUGCCCAUCCCCUUUCCAUUUCUAUCUUCCACUAUGGGACCUCCCACAAGAGUGAGAGGGAGCUGCUUGAUAUUGUGAAGAGGAACUUUGAUCUCCGUCCUGGAGUCAUUGUCAGGGAGCUGGAUCUGAAGAAGCCCUUGUAUCAGAGGACUGCAGCCUACGGCCACUUUGGCCGAGACUCCUUCCCAUGGGAGGUGCCCAAAAAACUUAAAUACUAAACCUGUUAAGCUUUUCCCCCCCCAGGCCUGUUGGUGUAUACUACAGAGAAGCCUCCAAGGUUCCGGGGGUGAAAUGCCCUUGUCUCUCUUAGUUAUAUCAUUUAACACAUGACUCCCUUUCCUCACUCAAACUCUCUCUCCUUCUGUCUUCUUGCUGUUUUCUGCUGGUUGCAGUAUCAUGCUGGGUCAUAGGAAGCAUGCCUCAGAAACUUGAUUGUUAAAUAAUUGGAUGGGUUCCAUGAACUCAUGCACCGUAGUACUUCAUGUUCUCUCAUGUCUUGAGGUUUCUUGUUGGGAUAGACCCUGAAUAGCUGCGUUCAGUUGUUCACCUUUUUGGCAUUCCACACAUCAAUAUCAUCAGUCUUCAGUGUCAUGGCGGUAGCAUAUUAGGCUAUGUGCAAUACUCCUUAUUUCACCGGGGCUACUGAUGUAUGAGUCUGCAUGACAUCUAAAUUUAAGUCCAUUUGGAAGCAAAAUGUAAUAUUAUCUGGCACCUUCCCAAACAAGUUUAGUGGCUUUCUAAACAUUCCUCCUUUUUUCAGUCUGUUCCAAUUGUUCCUUGACCCAGUGUUCUUUUAUCCUUUGUUUGCUUUAUUCCCUCGUCUUUGUGGAGGAUGCUAGAAUCGCACAAUUAAAAUGUAAGGGUUGUUGCUAUUGUCACAAAAAAUGCUAUGCAUUGCAGGCUAAUGGGCAAGCCAAAUUUUAAUUGAAGCUCUCAAAUGAGCAUGAAGCCUCAAAUGCCCCUACAGACCUUUGCUGUUUUCUGACGUAAUACA